AUGUCCAAAAAAUCAACGUCAUUCCUACAUAAUGUGAUGAAACUAUCAGAAGAACCAGUAGUGGAAGUUUUAUUAGAAAAAGAGUUGACAGGAACAGAACCAGAUUUCAUUGUGAAGCUAAAAUCUUUGUAUAAGGCUUGUAAUGAUAUCGAGAUGUAUGAUGCGCAGUCGAAGUGGACGGAUUAUGAAAUUUUCCGUUUGUAUAACGAAAUGGAGAGGGCAAGGCCAGCUACGACAUUAAGUCGUGAAAUGUUCUCUACUGAAAGCAUGCUAUUUUAUCUGUCUAUGUACUUUCCUGAUCUUGGAAUGCCAAAUAAAGAGUAUUAUUUAGGAAUUACAAAUGAUUCCGUCGCAGACACUUACUUCAAAUUAAUGGUAGCAUCAGCUAAUUGGCAUCAGCUAAUUGGUGCAAAUAAAACAACAUCGGAAGAAGAACUACGAAAAGUUUUCAAUUUCGAAAUUACACUUGCUAAUUUCAGUGCACAAGACCCACGUUACAGUUACAAUGAGACCUAUUCCACUGUCAAGCAACUGAUGAUUGAUGCUCCACAGAUAAACAUUAAAGGGGAAAGUUACUAUGACAUUCAAAUCGAACUGGCGAUAAGUCCAGGAGGAAGUACAAGGGGCUUUGAGUAUGGAAUUGAUGAAUAUACCUGGCAAAAAACAACAGGAGGCCUUGGCAUUGAUUUUACUGCUCUAGUUUUACAACCUCCAUAUUUUGACAAAGAUCGAUCGAAUUACCUGAAUUUUGGAGCUCUUGGUUCCUUGGUUGGUUAUGAAGUGACAAGCAUAUUCGAUAACAAGAACCCCCAAGAUAUUGUGAAUUCGUGGACGACAGAAUCAGAUGAAUUAUUCGAAGAAAAAUCUCAGUGUUUUACGGAGCAGUACUGUAAUUACACUGACAAACAUGGAUUAAUGAUGAACGUUGGUGCAAAAGGUUUAGCAACUAAUUUUGUUUUAAGUUACCACGGAGGUCUCAAAGCAGCUUAUUUGUUCAUAGGAAGGACAUCUGACGUCGCUUGCGCUAUGGAAUAUAUCCAAAUUUGUAUGGAGAUAGUUAUUAUUUACCUGGCAAUUAAUGCAUCUUGGGUUUAUUUCCUGGCACUGGGUAACAUGGUGGCAUUCACCAUAGAACAUGCAAUGGGUCCAGUUUGA